UGUCAAUAAAUAAUGAAAAGAAAAACAAAUCCAUUUGUGUAGAUGUGUAAUAUUUAAAUACAUUGUAUGUUACAAAGCUGAGCUAAAAAUACGAACUAUCAAAAAUGUCGGAUAAAAUAUCAUCUCGACAUGUAUCAUACGAGCAAGCCAAGUCUCUGGUUGACUUCAUGGGUCAACAUAUUGAGCUGGCAACAGGUUCUCUUCGAACUCUGGAAGCUCGGCAUACAUCUAAACGGCUCUGGAGUGAGCUUAGCAUUAUUUUGAACUCUGCGCGAACGGGAACCAAAAAGACCGCAGAUGGCUGGAGUAAGUAUUGGAGUGAUUUCAAGAACAAACUGAAGAAUAAAUCUAAUCUUCUGAACAAGAUGAAACGAUCAGGGUCCUCAUCUGGCAUCAAACCCCUCACAAAGUUGGAACGGAGAGCUCUAGUGAUAUUGGGGCCAUACUUUUCUAGAAAAAAAUCAAAUGGAUAUUCAAAAGCUUUUUCUAAUCACCGGCCACCAGAGGUGAAAUUGGAAUCUUUUCACGAUGGCGUUGGAAUUGAUUGCAGCAACACAACAAGUGACAACAGUGAACAACCAACAGAUAUUGAUAAAGACGAUAGUGACGACUCCCUUGAUGCGUGCGACGGCUCGAGCGAUGAAAUGGAUGUCUCUGGCAUACAAAACCUUUACCCAAAAUGGUUAAUAGAAGUGGAGAAAAAGCGAGCGGAAGCCGACUUAACCCGCGCGAAAGCUGAAAAGGAACGUGUCAGCAUCGCAGCAAAGAACGCAGACGCAGCGCUCAAACAAGCAGAGGCGCUGAAGAAACUAGCCGAUGCAACUGCAAUACAAGCAGAUGCUAUAUUACGGAUAGCUAACAGUCUAGAACGAAACCAAACAGAUGUACUGGCUAUAUGACCGAGUGUUAUGGAGUUUGAUGCACUGCAUUUUGAGAUAUAAUGUGUUGUGAGUGAUAUUACAAUGCAAGCAGGCGCGGUUCGAGGGGGAGGGUCGAUGAUGAUUUAAUUUUUACAUACGAUUGAAUACUAUAUUGACGAGUGAGAGUCCCCCCCCCCCCCCCCGUACAUAGUAUGACUGCGCAUGUAUGCAAGCAGGAUGGUGGAAGUAUAAGCCUAGAGUAGCAGUGUUUAUGAACUGUUUACGAGAGCAGUGAGACAGACUUAAUUUUCUAAUACAUCUAAAUGUGUUAUUUUGUGUCCAAAGUAGAUGAAAAAAAAAUAACCAUAGAUAAAAAAAAAAAUUGUGUGCGUGUACUAAGUAGUGUACACACGUAAGAAGUGAAACUUCUUUAUGUCCUUAUUU